UUUAAAAUAUUUGGUGUUUAAAAAAGAAUGAAGAUGCAAGAAUGUCUCAGAUAAUUUUUAUCUGUAUACUACCUUGGAACCAGGAUUUACCUGGAAACUAUGUUUUCCCUUUUGAUGGUUAACAUGGGUUAAAUCUUCAACUAAGAACUUUAAAACCAUAUUAACAACAUUCCCGUGGUUCUACCGAGUUCCACAAUAAAAAAUUAAGGCAAAUCGGUCCAGGGGCUCCUAAGCUAUGAUCAGAAAUAUAAACAGACAAAUAGUCCUUGUCUAUUUACCAAACCUAUCUUAAUUUUCACAUGUACUUUCAAAUAUCGCUCAAGUUAGUUUUUUUAGUUACAAAUUACAACUUGUUGAAACAUUUCAGGACAGAAAUGAUUAAACUAAAUGUAUCAUGAACUGGUUAAAAAACUGCUUAACAAAUUAACAAAUCUUUAUAUUGUAUGGACAGACACCUAAAUCUAAAUUCUGAAUACUCUCAUUUUCUAUAGAAUGUAUCGUAAAUUAAUCAUUUAUUAACAGAGACAUUAAUAUUAAUAUUUCUAAUCCUGGAGCAAUAAAUACAAGAUUUGAUAGUUCUAACAACAAAGCUAAGUUUGUAAACCAAAUCCUGGAGCUAUUAAUACAAGAGUUGCUAGUUCAAGUCACGCAGCUCUGUCUCGAAUCCAGAAGCUAUAAAUACAAGAGCAGCUAGUUCUUAUAACGAAUGUAUCUCUGGCCCUAUAAAGCUAUUAAUAAAAGAGCUGCUAGUUUUAGCCAAGAAGCUAUUUUUUAAAUGAAUCUAUCUCUAAUCUCGAAGCUAUGAAUACAAGAGCAGCUAGUUAUAAAGGACCUAUGUUUGUAAACGAAGCUAUCUCUAAUCGUGAAGCUAUAAAUAAAAGAGCCGCUAGUUCUUAUAACGAAGCUAUGUUUGUAAACGAAGCUAUCUCUAAUCUUGAAGCUAUGAAUACAAGAGCAGCUAGUUCUUAUAACGGAGCUAUGUUUGUAAACGAAGCUAUCUCUGAUUCUGUUGCUUUAAAUCAAAAUUCCGGAAUACAUAUCAUUUCAAAACCAAGCUACGAGAUAAUGAAAAAUAGAGAAUUAUUUUCUCCUGAUCCUUCUAUCCUCACUACUUCUUCGAUACUACCCUACUCUUCAUGUACCCUACCAGAGUAUUCAGAUAGUUCUCUCCCUCCUCCCCCAUACUUCAUACUAGACCCUCCUCCUCAGUAUGAUACAAUCAAGGGGUAUGUCUUGGAGGAGAGUGAGAGGGAUCAAUCAGCUCCGCCCACCCAUCAACACCGCCUUAUUGUCGUUCUAGUUCUCAUCAUCAUGCUCCUGAUCAGCCUGUGUACUGGAUUAGCCUGGAAGAAUGUUGAAUUGUUGACAAGCAGUAAAAUAAACAAUGUAAAUACGUUUAAUCAAGUUCACCAAGUACCACUGUGAACUGGACAGAAGGAGAUCGUCUGUAGAAUCCCUGGUGCGACGUUGUGACCUCGUAACUCCUCUAGUCUUGUCUUUAUACACAAGUAUGAGAAAACAAAUUUAUUCUGUUACAAAUUAGUGAGUCAAAACAUUUUGAUUCAUCUCACUAGCUUUAUAACAAGAGCACUUUUGAUAAGAGCAGUUAUGAUAGGAAACAAAACAGAUGUCGAUCUUAUGUUCAAUUUUACGUAGAAAUAUUCCAAAUAGUGAUGAUAAAGUAAACAAUAUUAAAUACGUAAACAAAGUUUAAAAUAAACUGGUUAUAUUAUGAUCAUGACAAGUACACACAAUGUGAUCAAAGUAUAUAAGUUUAAAAUACUGGUUAUAUUAUGAUCAUGACAAGUACACACAAUGUGAUCAAAGUAUAUACGUUUAAAAUACUGGUUUUAUUAUGAUCACGAAAAUGUAAAAUGUAAAAAAAAAUAUGUCAAUGAAAACAAUUAAAAAAUUAAUUCUAAAUGCAAUUAAUCGUGUAUUUAUCUUUCGUCGAUGGUGAACUAUGUACGUACAUUGUUCGGGCCAGUAUUAUUUUGUUUACUAUGAUUUGAUUUUGAGAGUGUCGACAGAAAUAAAUCCUAAUAUCUACAUCAUAAACAUUAAAGAAUCUGGGAAGAUAUCAAUUUCGGUCACUUUCUUGCUCGUUCUGGAAUAAAUAAGUCCUCCUCCGACAAAGCUGUUCGCCAUUACUUUCUUGUCAUUAAUCAGGAGG